AUGGUUGGCAGCCAGGUGGUGGUGCAGGCGGGAAAGGACAAGGAGGCCAACGCCAGCCACCACCUCACCAAGCUCAGCAAGGACGACCCGCUCAGGCAGCACUACGAGGCCCUCUGGCCAGAGCUCGCCGCAGCCAAGCCACCAGCAGACCAACCAGUCGUUGGAUUCAAGGCAGUGGAGGCAGCUGCUCGACGCUUGGACAAACUCCAGAAGAAAGUACAAUCGGCAGGGGAGCAAGUUGAGAGUGCCCAGCAGUACUUGGCUGAGAGUGAACGCAAGCUUCGUGAAGCCAUGGGAGCCUCCAUUGCAGCCGAAGAUGAGUUCGACAAGCUCAAGGCCACAGUCGGCAAGCAAGAGGCACCGGCUGAAUCUGCAGCCGAGAAGCCAACUCUGGCAGCCCUCCUGGAGCAGUUCGAGCAUGAGCCGGACGACUUCCACAAGUGGUCCGAGCCCGACAAGGAGGUCUGGCGAGCAGCAAAGGCCAAGGGCGAGCGCAUGGCCCAGACGGUCAAGGAGCACGAAGAGGAGACGGCGAAGCACCUGCGACUACUGGAGGAAGAGACGGCCAGGCACCAGGAGCAGCUGCGCCAUCUCGAGCAGGUGCCACCACAUGCACUGAGGCAGCAGGGACAGCCGCCGCGGCUGCGCCCACCGGCGCCGCAGCAGCUGCCCAACCAGAAGCAGGCGCAGCAAAACAUGACAAAGCAGAAGAACGCCGAGCCAGAGUGGAGGCCCACAUCCAGGAGGCGCGAGAGAAGGUCUCGCAGGCUAGGCGCGCCGAGACAGUCGUCGACGCAGAAGGGCAAGGUGACCACUCAGCAGGGUAGCCGCCCCAAGGCGAGCGUGAAGAAGGCUCGCCGCCCGUGCCACAUCGACUUCUUCAACGUCACGACCUGGGGCCCCCAGGCACAGGGCUACCUCAUGGAGAUCAACAAUACCAAGGACAGGGGCAUCAUUGGCAUCGCGGAGCACCACCUCCGCCAGCCUGCGCAGAUAAGCAAGGCAAGAGCGGCGCCCAGGAGGAAUGGCAUGCACAGCUACUGGACCAAGGCACGGCCAGGAGAAGGAGAAGGCACUCGAGGAGGCACGUGUGCCAUCACGCGAGGACCCUUGGACAUCCAGGACAGGAUCGCUGGUUUCGAUGAGCACUACCUGCACGAGGACGGCAGUGACGCCACGGUGGUGAUCUCCAACCUGCACAAGGUCAGUUUCGCAGUGGCUUUCGUCCACCUUGAGUGUGGGACGGGCUUUGGAGAGAGGAACGUCGACAUCCCCUGCGACCUGCGGGAGAAGAUGGCCGUCUGGGGAGGGCAAUGGGCAGCGCUUGGGGACUUCAACAUGACGCCGUCGGAGUUCAACAACAGCAUUUGGCCCAGGGUGCUGAAUGCUCAAGUAGCUGCGGCGGAGGACGGCGCCCCCACAUGUUUCCCAGCAGUAGGAGAAGCCAGGUGCAUCGACUUCGCGCUGAUAUCGCAGGGCCUGGCGCCGCAUUUCGACCAGCUGGAGCUGCUCAGGACCGUGCCGUGGAAGCCGCACAUCGGCAUCCGCUUGAAGUUGAAGGGGCGGCCUCUCAUGCUCAAGGGAAGGGUACUUCGCAGGCCAGCAGCCAUAAAGCCGCCAGUCACAGUCGAGAGAAUGCCGAAGUCCAGAGCCGCUUGCAGACGAGCGGCGCGCGGAGGCCAGGAGGCAAUGCGCCGACGUCAGCAAGCGUUGGCAGAGGCAGGAUGCGACCUGGACGAGAACGACAUGGAGCCAGUGCCGCAGCUGCACUACGACAAGAAUGUCCAGCACGUCAUCCCUGCCGAGCUGUGGCAGGCCACCUCCGAGCGGGUCAGCGCGCGCGCCUGCGACGAGUUGCCCCAGCACUUGCAGCGCACAGUCGUCGGCAAGAUGAUGGAGCGGGACAUGCUGGACCUGGGGCAACAGCACGACCGCUUCGCAAGCACCCUCGAGCUCAGCCUGUGCGAGAGCAUCGGCAUCCCAGAGGAAGAGCGUGGACGACAUCUCGGGCGCAGCAGGCCCCCGAGCUACAAGAGCGCGAGCAUCAAGGACACCGUCACCUCUACGCCAUGGGCAGGGGUCGAAUGGAAGAUCCACGCGUGGUGGGCGGAGAUCCCCUCCUUGGCGCGGCAGCUCUCGCACCAUGAUGCCCGAGCGCAGGAGACAGCAGCAAGUCGACAGGGCAAGACCCAGGCACUUCCCGAUGAGGACUCAGGAGGUGGACAGGGCCCGUCGGCGUCGGAGCUUGGCCCCGUCAUGUCUGGCAGCCAAGUAGGACGCAACACCAUGGACAUCCGAGAUCACGACCCCUUCGAGGAUGAGGAGGACUACUUGGAGUACCGCCAGGAGAUCGCAGACCAGGAGAACAGCGAUGGGUACCACCAGCACAUCGAGGGGCAGCCGGACAGCCUCGAGUUCGGCCAGACCGAGACCGCAGAUCAGGAGGACUGCGACGGGCACCACCAGCUCAUCGAGGGGCAGCAGGACAGCAUCGACUACGGCCAGACCGUUCGUCGUCAUGCGGCAGGCCCAGAGGCAGAGGAGCAACGAGAUAUGGGCCUGCCCCCACCAGACCUCUGGAAUGAUGACCAGCACCAGCGGGAGCGGGAAGACUACGUGGCCAUGAGAGACGACCUGGAGUACUGGGCGGCCAUCUGGAUGGAUAACUUGGUGCAGCUCCCCACGGACAACAGCAACUGGAUGCAGAUCUGCGUGCCGUUCCUGGAGACCAUCUUGGGUGGCGGAGGCAACAAUGGCAUGGUGAGACUGCUCAGGCGUAGGUACCAGCAGGCCGGCCUCAGCCACAUCAUCAGGGUCCGCACCCACAGCGGCCACCAGACGCAGCAGCAUAUCAACACAAGACGGCAGCUCGCGCAGCAGCUCAACCAGCCUGACCCAGGCAGGCUGAACGAAGAAGGUGCAGCCAAGGACCAGCAGCAGGCCCUCCUCACAUACCUGCACGCGAUAGCAGAGGGCGCCCUCGUGGACCCAGGGACGACCAGCAGGGUAGCAGAGGAGGUAAAGAGCAUGGCCAAGCUACUCACAAAGGCGGUGAAGAAGGCGUACAUCUACUGGGUGCACGACGCCACGGCAGGCAGUGCGAAGAUGGCCCACGCCUACACCAAGGCAGCGGAGCGCAGCCACCUGGAGGACAUCCUUGAGCACGAGGGCCAAGUCAUCAACCACCCGCAGCAGCUGGUGGACUUGCGCAAAGAGGCAUGGCAACGCAGGUGGACACGAGAUGCACAGAAGUCCGAGAGGAUCCAAGAGGCGCUGGCCAAGCUGAGGCAGGCUGCCUUGGCCCAAGAGAAUGCCCUUGAGCCCAUCAGCAAGGACAUCAUCGGAUCCAUCAUCCAGCACCUGAAGCGCAAUGCUGGCCAAGGAGCGGACUGGUGGAGGGCUCCAGAGCUCAAGGCCAUGGGCGCCCAGGGGCUGGAAGACUUCGUGCAGUGCCUGACCAGCUGUGAGCAACGGCCAGCGUGGCCGCGGCAAUUCUACUUGGUGCUGGAGCUGCUGCUGGGCAAGAAAAGAGUGUUCUACGACGCGGCAAACUUCUACGACAACAUAGGCCUCGACCAGCUGAUCGAGAAAGCCAGCGCCCUCCAGUGCCCGUUGCUGCCGCUGGCAAUGGCCGUGCAGAUGCACCUUGCGCCCAGGGCCAUCAUGGCCCACAGCCUCUUCUCGGACAUCUUCGAGCCUGCCAACAGCAUGGUAGCUGGCUGUGGCCAAGCGGUCGACCUCACCAGACCGCUCUUGUAUGGCAUCCUGGAUGCAGCGCACAGGCACCACAUCUUCGUCGUCAUGCAGCAGUACCUGGACGACUUGGCCCUGCAGGUAGAGGGUGCGCGGCGGCAGGUCACUCACCAUAUCAAGCACGUGGCAACGCUGGUGCACGAUGGAUUCAAGCAGCUCUCGAUACCCAUCUCCGUCAAGACGGCAGUGGUGGCCUCGGACAAGGACCUCCAGGCAGAAGUCGCCAGCAUCCUGGACAGCCUGGGCACCCCCAACAAGCAACCAGGUGUAGUGCGCGACCUCGGCGUGGACACCAGCCUCGGCAAGCAGCUGCGGCGACCCACCCAUGCCGCGCGCCAGGCCAAGGCCAAGCAGAGGGUGGCCAAGCUCAAGGGCCUAGCGAAGACGGACGCCAGGGGCGCGGCAAAGGUCUAUUCAGCAGGUGCCUACUGCCAGCAGGCCUGGGACUUACCAGCGCACGGCAUCACGCCCACGGAGGCGAAGUCGGUCAGGGCUACGGAGGCAGCUCUCCUCACAGGCGGACACAAGGCUGGACGCUGCACGUCCACCAUCCUCCUGAUCCAGAGGGGAAUGCAAGAGACAGUAACCCGAGCCAUCGGCGACCAGAUCGAGCAGUUCUGGCUCACCAUAGUCGACCACCCGACGGAGCUCAAGAGGUGCCAGAGAAGCUGGCUCCUGCUCUACGCCAAGCUGGGCGCCCUGGAACCCAACCGCAGCUGGAUCAGCCCAGCAGGUGACGAGUGGGCCUACAAGCCAGAUGACAUUCCUCACUUCGGCGCGCUCCUGCAUGAAGUCCAGCAGAGCGCGCAGCAGCAGCUCUGGCAGCAGGCAGCUGGCCACCGCAGUGGAGAAGGACUUCAGGCUGGAGGCGACCUCUAUCAGCUGCAGCGCCACCUGAGGAGGAGGAGGCGCAAAGGACAGCAUGCAGAGACAGCCAUGCUGGAGACCAUAGCGGUGGCGGGCAUCUGGACCAGGGAGCGUCGCAGGGCGGCCAACCUCGACCAAGAAGGCGACGACACCUGCGCGAGAUGCGGCGAGGCGAUAGAAACAGAGGAACACCGCUACUACGCAUGCCCUGCCAACGCAGAGAUAGGGCACGGCAAUGACACCGACCUGGCGAAGAAGGCGAAGGACGCGCUGGACCAGCGGCAAGACCUGCACUUCUGGCUCCGAGGCGUCCCGCCAGCGGCCUGGGCAGCCAAGGUCGACCCAGACGAGGACGCGGCGAAGGCGGCGCAGAUCUUAUGCACCAGCGAAGAGGCUCAGGCGGCAGCCCAGUCAGGGUACAAGGUUCGAGCAGACUAUGUCUUCACGGACGGCUCAGGUGGUGCAGGGGAAACGGCCAAGGACCCCCGCCUCAGACGCUGCGGCUGGGCAGUGGUGGCUUUCAGGUUCGACGAACAAGGACGUCCGCAGGAAGUGGCCGCCUGGUACGGCACGAUCAGGGAACCGCACACGGUGCCACGGGCAGAGCUCACCGCCAUGAGCAGAGCCAUCGGGUACACCACGGCGGCGACAGCCAGGGGGCUCAACAUAGCCAGCGAUUGCAAGUACGCCCUGGACGCACUCAAGCAGAUCAAGGAUGAUGAGGAUCUGGACUACAGGAGCACGAACUACGACCUCUGUCUCCAGACGAAGCAGCAGCUGCAGAACAGCACGGACACCAUCAUGGGCCACCACAUCCCCAGCCACCUGAUUGAGCACCCAGCCGAGCUGGAGAGGUGGAAUGGUCCCACCUGGUGGGUCAUAGGAAACGAGAUGGCAGACAAGUACGCAGGCUGGGGGGCGGAACAUGGAGCACUGGAUCCAGCCAUCAUCGCGCAGCAGCAGAUCAGGGACCAUAUCGCCACGGCGGUGCAAAACCGGCUGCUGGCCAUCAACAUGGCGGUGACGGUGGAGGACCCCAACAAGGCCCCUCAGCGCCCCAAGGCCAAGCGCCGCAAGCCGCAGCGCUGGGACACGACUUGCGCAAGCUACAUCCGCGAUGGUGGUGUGCAACGUGUCGCAGUGGCCCAGCCAAAGGACCAGCACGGCAACGUCAGGCUUGACUUCAAGGCGGUGCAGAUCGGCACGCAGGUGGUGCACGUCUCCCACAAGACGCAGUUCACCCAUGGCUGGCUCUGGUGCGAGAAAUGUGGCGGCACCAGCUACCUUGGGGACCACGAGAGCAGGAUCGUGGCAGGCUUGGCAAGGAAGCUGGCAAGGCCAUGUCAGCCCCCAACAGCAGCAGGGCGGCGGGUCUUGGCGGACAUGCAGAGGGGCAAGCUGCCAAGAGGAGCUAAGCUAGCAGCAGACCCAGCUGAUGAGGGUCUCAACGAGAUCACCAUGCCUGGAGAUUUCAAGCUCGGCCUGAGUAACCACGAGGCGAUCGACCUGGACGGGGGCAGCUCAGAGGCAGGGGGCCCGCAGCCAGCUCCACAGCAGCCACCCAGCCAUCCGCGCUCUGUCGUCCACGCCAGCUGGAGGCUCGUGGACCACAUGGAAGGCUACGCGGAGCAGUGGAUGAACAUGGAGCUUCAGCAGAUCAAGGACUUCUGCGAAGAAGUCUGGCGCAACACACACCGCGCGCGACGGGGGCUCAUGACCAGGAUGCUUACCCUCCCGUACGGUACAAGGCAGCAGGCAGCAAGAGUGCACAUGGACGCCUUCCAGAACAGAAGGAACAACAUCCUAGCGCACAGCAUCCCCAGCAGCGAGCGCAGGCCGCUUCCGAGAACAGCGGAGGCCAGCCGAGAGUGGUCACCGGAGAACCUGGACGAUGAUGACUCGACCCCAGACAGUGAAGCCCCAGAGCUGGAGGGUGAGCCGAGCAACCAGGAGAUGGAGACCAUGGCAGGACCUGAUCAGAGGCACGACGCCAACAGCCUGAUGCAGACGGCUGUGCAGGUGACAGUAACGCUGACCAAGCCAGUGGGGCCCGACCUGAUGAAGUUCGUGAGCGUAGCCGAUGAGGCCGGCCUGCUCCACCCAAGGCUUCGACACAACAAAGGAGAGGCUGACCAGGACCCCGAGCAGGAGGUGGCGUGGCUCGAGAGGAACAGGCUCGAGCAGCUCAUGCAGUCGCUGGCAGGCUGCUGGGGCCAGAAAGAGGGCGAACAGGGCUGGCCAUCGUGGCAGGCUGCGUGCGUGCCCCAUGUGCCGAGGGCGCUGCAGACUGGCGUCUACCAGAGGCUGUUCAGCAACGUGUCAGGGCCGAGCCGCCAGCGCAGCCAGCGCCGAGCGGCGGAGGAGAUCUGCCGCCUGGCAUGGCUCAACAGCGGAGAGGCGCGCUGGCAGAUACAGCAGCAGGACCCGAAGGAGACAGAGCGGCGCAGAGCAAUGGCUGAGCAGUUCCUGGGCGUGACUGAGCCAGUGGUGAGGAGCCGCAGACGGAGCACCAUGGACAUGGCAGACCUCGACCACUUCCUUGAAGAGGAGAACAGCGAGGAUUGCCUCCAGCAGCCCGUAGACAAGCAGGACAGCGAUGACAACCACCAGCAUAUCCCAGAUGUACAGCACAGCAUAGUGUACCACCUGGCAGACCGCAGAGGACCCCAGCGUGGCGAGGGGUUAGGCCACGGAGGACCCCAGCGCGGUGAGGGGUUAGACCGCAGUGCCAAAGGCAAGCAGAGGCUCGAGGCGGAGGUCCCUGACGAGCCCAGUGAGCAUGACGCGGACGUUUUGACCAACAAUGUGGUAGACAGGACCUCGCAACUAACAGAGCGGACCCAUACCCUGGGAAACCGACAGACUGAACGCGAGGGGGAGGGCUUGGCCCGCGGAUACCACGUGAACCGCGAACACAGCGAGUGGCACAGUCGGACGACCUCGCCCGAGCUAGUGGGCAGUAGCCCCGAGGAUGGGGACAGUGCGAGACUCGGCGUUCCCCUGCGUGGCGAGGGGCUAGGCCACCAAACUGCGCAGCCCGAGACGACGGCAGACUACGACGACACAGGCCUGCAGCGGGACUUGGAGAAGUUCUUCGGCGACUUUCCCCAACGCGGUGAGGGGUUAGACCGCAUGGAACCCCUGCGUGGCGAGGGGUUAGGCCACGACAAUCCCCUGCGCGGUGGGGGGUUAGACCGCAGUGCCAAAGGCACGCAGAGGCUCGAGGCGGAG